GUCUUCUUCGCACAAGAGUGCUGAUUCCCGUAGAGACAUCUUCACCACACUGUUGAGAGAUCUCUGACAUGGGACCUGGAGGACCUGGAGGACCCGGAGGACCUGGUGGACCAGGAGGACCAGGGUUUUUGCCACCUGGAGGACCAGGGUUCUUGCCACCAGGAGGACCCGGCUUCUUCCCACCCAUUGGUGGUUUCUUUUCUGGGUUCUCAGACAUGAUAUGUUCCUGUCUAUCUUGUCUGUGCUGCUGCUGGCUGCUACGAGAUUGCUUUGGCGGCUCACCACCACAAGGACCGCCACUUCUUCCUCCCUAUUAUUGAUCACAUUUGGCUCCUUUGGUCACUAGCAUAAUAUUAAAGCUAUCACUGUACA